AUGAAGCAAUCCAAAAGGAAACACCUCACAGCAGCUGAGUGCGAAGCUCUCGCCCAGAGUCCAGAAGGUUCCUCCUCCCUCACACAGCCCUUGAGUCAGACACAGAGCAGAGAUGGAAACAGAGGUCUCCACCCCACCCACAGGACACGGAGACAUCCUGGAGGCCAAGGCCAGCAGAAGAUCACUAAUUACUUCAAGAUCUCUCAGACACAACAAGUAGGUGCUGGUGAGUUGAAGAGCUGUAAAAUCAAGGAAGAGGCAUUGGAUCCCUUCUUCUCUGGAGCUGAUGACUCCUUCAGCAGUGUGACAGACAUCAGCAGUGACUCCUCUGUUGUUCUGGACGAUGAGGACUUCGUAUCAGUUUCCAGGAGAAGCUCCAGGAAACGACCUGUGCCCACUGCAGCCUCAGAAAUUCCCAAUCCAGAGCUUGAUUUGUGGGGAGAGCCUGAGAAGAAGCUACUGGUGGUUCCUCCAGAGCUCAGCCAGGUCAAGCAGGAACCUGCUGAGAUGGACAUUGAGCCACUCCCAGACGCACACUAUGGACUCCUGGGCACUCAUGACUGGGAAGUGCCUCAGGGAAACAUUGAUGAUCUUCCUGUGGAAGUCCUUAGGAACAUUUUUGCCUUCCUGCCAGUGACUGAUCUGUAUCAGAACCUGAGCCUGGUGUGUCACUGCUGGAGGGAGAUAAUCCGUGAUCCACUGUUCAUCCCUUGGAAGAAGCUGUACCAUCAGUACCUGAUGAAGGAGCCCAUGGCCCUGCACAGGGUUGAGCAGAUCUUGCAGGAUUUUGCCAUAAGAAAGGAGCAGGAGGGAUGUGUCUUGGGGCUGAUUAGGUGUGUGUCAGCCAUGCCCACGGGGAGGAAGGUGGAUCCCAGCGCCGUUCUCCAGUGUUUGGAAAGGCAUCACCUCCUCUCCAGGGCUCAAGUCUGUGUUGGCAACACUCUGCCACACCUGGAGAGCAAGACAGGGGCUGAGACCAUGUGGGCCAUCAUAGCAGUCAUGGUGCUCUUCUCUGAUGGUGUCAGAGACAUCCAGAGGCUGAUGGAGUGUCUACAGAGGCCUUGCUCAACCCUCUCUGUCGUGGAAGUGGCUGAGGUGCUUUACUGCAUAGCAACACUGCUGUAUGCCAUGAGGGACAGGAGCAUCCCCAUCACUAACAGGAUCCAUUACAAUAUCUUCUACUGCUUGUACCUGAUGGAAAAUGCUGCUUCUGCUUCUGGGACUGUGCAGGCAGUGGAAGAGGAUGGACUAGUGUCACGCUGCAGGGAGGACCUCUGGGACAGGUAAUGCUGCUCCAGCUGCUCUGAAGUAAAACUCACCCAUGAGCAGCAAAGGAUUCUCAGUCACAGGAUUGAGCCUGGCCAGGUGGUAAAAAUUAUGGCAUUUGCAGGGACAGGAAAGACCUCAACAUUGGUCAAGUAUGCAGAGAAGUUCUCUGACCUGAAUUUCCUCUACGUGACCUUUAACAAAGCUGUCGCAGAGAGGGGGAAAAGAGUCUUCCCCUGCAACGUCACGUGCAAGACUUUCCACUCCUUGGCAUUUGGAAGUGUUGGCAAACACUACAAAGAGAAAGGGAAGCUGAACUUCUCCAAGAUGUCAGUGUUCUCCAUCAGUUUCCUCCUCCGCAACCGUGAGGGACAGUCCCUGUUUGUCAGAGGAAAAACUGUCUCCCAGACCCUGGAGAACUUCUUUGCCUCUUCAGAUGAGGAGAUCUGUGAGGAGCACACACCUGUGUGGUUCAAAAACACCCAUGGAGUGAGGACCCUUGUCAGUCAAAGAGAAAAGCAGAUCAAUGUGGAAGAGGCCAAAGACAUCUGGUACAACAUGAAGAAACUGGAUGGAGAUGUAGAGAAGAGAUACAAGAUGACUUGUGAUGGGUAUUUGAAGCUGUGGCAGCUCAGCAAGCCUCAGCUCUCAGGCUAUGAUGCCAUUUUUGUGGAUGAAGCCCAGGACUGCACUCCAGCCAUUGUGGAUAUUGUGCUGUCCCAGAGAUGUGGAGUCAUCCUGGUGGGAGAUCCUCACCAGCAGAUCUACACCUUCAGAGGUGCUGUCAAUACCCUCUACUCAGUGCCUCACACCCAUGUCUACUACCUGACCCAGAGUUUCAGAUUUGGGCCUGAAAUAGCUUAUGUUGGAGCAACCAUCCUGGAUGUGUGCAAAGGGAUCAGGAAUAGGACAUUAGUGGGUGGAAACCAACAGGGUGAUGUGAGAGGCAGCAUGAAAGGGAAGAUAACAAUCCUGUCAAGAAGCAACUUCAGUGUGUUUGAGGACGCUGUGAGACUCACUGGGAGAGAGAGACCCAUCAAGAUCCACGUGAUUGGGGGGCUGAGUCGCUUUGGCCUGAGCAGAAUUCAUGAUAUCUGGAAGCUGAGUCAACCUGCAGAUCAAAGGAGAAGAUCCAACCUGGUGAUCAAUGACUCCUUCAUCCAAAAAUGGGAAGACACUCAUGGUUUCUUAGGCCUAAAGGAAUAUGCAGAGCACAUUGAUGACAAAGAACUGGAGGUGAAGAUUGCCAUAGUGGAGAAAUACAAGGAGCAGAUUCCUGAGCUGGUGAGGAGGAUUGAGAACAGCCACGUGCCAAGGGAGGACAUGGCAGAUUACCUCAUAGGCACUGUCCAUCAAGCCAAAGGUCUGGAGUUCGACACUGUGCUGGUUGCAGAUGAUUUUGUCAAGGUCCCAAGUCUCACUGCUGCUUCCCAGAGAAGACCUGUCUUUGCCAUUGGCAUGGCUCCUGAGGAUGAGUGGAACCUGCUCUACGUUGCAGUGACACGUGCCAAGAGGUGUCUGCUGAUGUCCAAGUCCCUGGAGCACCUGCUGGAGAUGGCUGGGGAGUAUUUCCUUCGUGUGGAGCUGCUGAGUGAGGCUGCCAAGGAUGGAGCUUCCCUUGCUUGCUAUGUGCCUCAGUGUGCAAACACACUGCAGUGCAGCUCCAGGCUGGUGGUGAAGAAGCUCCCAUUGACCCAUAGCAAUGGCAGCAGAGAUGGAGGAGGUUUCCUGUGCCACACUUGCACUCAGCAGUGCUUUGGCUCUCUGACCCCUCUCACCUCCUCCUCAGCACCUCAGCAACAGCCUGGCCAGCUCUGA